AAAGGUCACAAAAAUGGCGCUGGCCGUCAGUCUUUUACCCCGCUUGCUGCUUUCUCGGCCUUUGCCGGGCUCCGCCGCCCGACUCUGGACUCCCGGUUCGGCCGACGUGUGGCCGCCAUUGGCUGGACUUUGCUGCUUCUGCCGCCGCCGCCUCGGCUCGGGAGCGGCCCCAUUUCCUCGAGUCUCUUGGGCCUCCGCGGCCUUGGCGCUGCCUGCUCGGGCUCCUCAGCGUCCCCUGCUCAGCCCUCUGGGACUCCGCACAACCCUUCCCGCUUUCCCUUUCUGCCCUCGGCGAACCUACAGCACCGAGGAGCAGCCCCAGCAGCGCCAGAAAACCAAGAUGAUCAUCCUGGGGUUCUCCAACCCCAUCAGCUGGAUUCGGACUCGAAUUUACUCCUUCCUUAUCUGGGCCUAUUUCGACCAAGAGUUCAGCAUCGCAGAAUUCACGGAGGGAGCGAAGCAGGCUUUUGCUCAUGUGUCCAAGUUGCUGUCACAGAGUAAGUUUGAUCUACUGGAAGAACUUGUGGCCAAAGAGACACUACAUGUAUUGAAAGAAAAGGUUACUUCACUACCUGACAACCAUAAAAAUGCCCUUGCUGCUGACAUAGAUGAAAUUGUAUAUACAUCAACAGGAGACAUCUCCAUUUACUACGAUGAGAAAGAAAAUAGAAGGUAGUAUGAAGGUAUGAAAACUACAGGGAGCUUUAGGAAGAAAAAGAUUGAAAUUUGACAAGUUAUUUAUGAAGAGAGAAAGUCAGAAAGACACACUGGCCACGAAACAGGAGUGUUCAGAAAUUAGGAAGAGGUAAUAUUGCUGAAUUUAAUUAAACUGUAUUUCAGCUGUCUAUUGCUACGUUACAAACCACUCCAAAACUCGGUGGCAUCAAACAGCCAUUCAUUUUGCCUGCUAUUCUACUGCUCAGGAAUUUUGGAAAGGCUCAGCUGUGGAGUUUUCUCUGCUCCCUCUGGCAUCAAGUGGGGUGGCCGGAGCUAGGGGUUCACUUCCACAAUGGCUUCUUCACUCGUGGGCAGCACCAUGGUGCUCCUUGGCUUCUCCACAUGAUGUGUCAUUCUCCAAGGCCUCUCUUUGUGGCUUGGGCUUGUGGUAGUAUUAAGCUAGUCACAUGUUUACAUGGUGGUUGGCUUCCAAGAGGCAGAAGACAGAAGAUGCUAGACCAGUAAAGGGCUAUGCCCAGUAUUGGAACAACAUCAUUUCCACCAUGGUUUGCUGGUCCAAGCAGUCACAGGAUCUGCACGGUGAAAGGGCAUGGAGAGACUCCACCUCUUCAUGGGGCAGCAGCAAGGUCACACUGCCGAAGAGCAUGUGGGAUGCAAGAUGUAGUUAUGACUAUCUUUGGAAAAUAAAAUCUGCCAUAAGUGGCACAUGGACCAUCCACUCACUAGACAUUUAUUGACCAUCUCCUAUUUACCAAGUACUCUGGUAGGGGUUCAGAUACAGAAUUGAAGAGUUCCUACCCUUAAGGAGGUACUGUCUAACAGGAGGUUAACAAACUAUUUAAAAGAGACACUAUAGUGUAUUAUUGUACUAAUAAAAUUUGGAACAGUGAACAAGUCAAGCAAGUCAGUGGAGACAUAGUUUAAUAUCUGUCUAAAAGAGAAUACUGUUAUGUCACCAGAGUUAUACAAAUUUGCUUUAAAAUAAUGAACAAAUCCCAAAAACGACCUAGGAAAGAAAAUGUAUCCUGUUUCGCUAAGGUAAAGGGAAUUAUAUCUUCAUUUUUUUCACUUUUCUUGAAGGGGUUGUGCUUU